AUGAGCUACUGUUCUCUGUCUCUACUCCUGGGUUCUCUGUUCAUCAUUGGGACUUCCUCUUAUCCUAAUGGUUCCUGUGAUGGCUACACGGCUCUGGAUGAGCCUCGACGUAACUUUCUCUUCAGCUCUUCCUCUUUCCCAGGCUACCCCAUCAAUACCGACAUUCAGCGAACAAACAUAUGGGUGCGCUACGUCGGGAUCGGAGGGGACACCGUCAUUCCACAAUGUGCUCCAGUCUAUUACAGCGGGGUGUAUUAUCCCAUCCAUCUGACCUUUACACAUCCUCAGUCUGAGUCUGAGACUCCAACAACGGGCAACGCGUGUGGAAACACAGGUUUCUGCUGUAAUUACAAUGUAGCUAUUCAAGUGAUCUACUGCUCUUCUGGAGGAUUCUAUGUGUACAGGCAGAUGGCCAACCACCCAGUCUACUACAUGGGUUAUGUGACAUACCAUAGGAACUGUGUGGCAGACUCCUGUGGUCCCCUUGCAGAGUGUAGUACAACCAAAAAUGGAGGCUGUCAAUGUGUCUCUGGAUACAAGAUACCUCCAAAACAUCUACCCACAAACGAAUCCUACGGUUGCCAAGAUAUCAAUGAGUGUGAGGAGACCGCUAAUCUCUGCGGUCCGCAUUCCAACUGUACUAAUUUACCAGCAGUCUACAACUGUAGCUGUCUAGAGGGGUUUGCACCCUCAGACCCAGCCUUGGCACUCAACCCAACCCGCAACCCCUGCACAGAUGUGAAUGAGUGUGUGGAGAUUGAGAAGGUUUGUGGUGGUUUUGGUAAAUGUACAAACACACCAGGAAAUUACACCUGCACCUGUUACAAUGGAUACGAGCCUGACGGACCCUUCGACUGCCAAGAUGUUGACGAGUGUUUCAACUCAACCGUCUGUGGUCAGGAGUCUGUCUGUACCAACACACCAGGAGCCCACAACUGUACCUGUCUCCUAGGCUUCUCACCCAAAAACCCAGUCCUAGACCCCAGCAAGGCCAACCCCUGUAUAGACAUUGAUGAGUGUCUGAACAAAACCAUGUGUGGUCCCAAUGCCAACUGUACCAACUCUUAUGCAGCACACAGCUGUACCUGCCUCUUUGGUUACCUGCUCACCAGCCCAGAUGCCAUAGCCAGCCCCUUAAACCCAUGCCUAGACAUAGAUGAGUGUGCUAACACCCCUGGUCUAUGUGGUCUCCACUCUGUGUGUACCAAUGCACCAGGGACCUUCCACUGUUCCUGUGUGGAAGGAUACUUCUCCUCCACUGGAGUACUGUGGGAAACGGACGUCACUGUGUGUGAAAGUGUUGAUGACGUUCUAGCCGCCAUAGUUCCCCCAGAGGGCCAGUCUAAGGAGAUGUACUUCCUCAACCAGAUGAACCAACAGCUGAUGGAGAACCCUGACAUUGUCCUACCAGAGGGGAAGGUGUCAGGAGCUGGAACCAUCUCAGCGCAGCAGGCCAGUACAGGCCAGGUGUGGAGUGGGGCUGGAAAGGAUGGCGGGGAGUCUGCCAGUGUGGUCCUGAAGAUUUCAGAGCUCCUGGUGAAUGCCUUAGUGGACCCUUCUCAGGGCCGGGUCAACAAAACCAUACACACACCUGAGCUGGACAUUAGUCUGCAGGUAAUCGAGGCCAACAGUACAGACACCUCUUCCCUCUCAGCCAGGGGAAACACCAUGGACAUCAACCUAAAGGCUCUGGCCAGAAACAAUAAUGGUACAGCAUCAGCAGUAUUCCUGACAGUCCGUGGGAUGGAGAGCCUUCUCGGUGCUAGCUUCUUGCAGACAGAAAACCACACAGAGAUGUUGUCUGAUGUCAUCACCGCCACACUGCCCAAGAUCAACCACACCCAGCUCUCUGAGCCUGUCAACUUCACCAUGAGCCACAAGAGGAGGUUGGCUGAGCCUGGCCUGAUGACCUGUGUGUACUGGGAGGACAGAGGAAUGGAAUAUGAGAAUGGAACCGAGGGGAAGGGGAGACAUUGGUCAGUGAACGGCUGUUCGAUUGUGUUCUCUGAUGAGAACUACACAGUGUGCAGCUGCUCUCACCUCUCCACCUUUGCCCUCAUCAUGCAGACUGGGGAGACUGUGUCGGAGGACAAUCCCUUCCUAGAGUGGGUGAACAGAAUGUGUGUGAUCGUGGGCCUGGUCUUCUUUGCUCUGGCCAUCCUCACCUUCCUGCUGUGUAGCUGGAACCCUAAGAUCAACAACACAGCCCGCCUCCACCUCUGCCUCUGCCUCUUCCUGUCCCAUCUGAUGCUCCUAUUGGAUUACACCUACCUUACUCACAAGGUGCUGGGAUAG